ACUACAAGUCACCAGAGCUUAAGAUUUUCAAUAACGUAGAUCAAAUUAUCUUCACGAGCUUCUCCUCUCUAGAGCCCAGCAAUCAUAUAUAGGUACUCUAAUUUACAAACCAUUGAGGGAAUUUUAAACAAAAAACAAGAAAGAAGAACAUUAUGGGCAACGAGGAUUUGAAGAAUCCGUUGCUACAUGGUGAAGAACCGGAUAUAGACGAAAUCAAGAAUUUUGGUCAAUUCUGUAAGGAAGCUAAGGUCGAGAACAGAAAGCUAUGGAGCUUAGCUGCGCCUGCCAUCUUUACUUACGUCGUUCAAUACUCACUUGGAGGAUUGACACAAGUGUUUGCCGGACAUCUUACUACGCUUGAACUCGAUGCUUUUUCUACUGAGAACAUGGUCAUUGCAGGACUCGCUUUCGGAAUUAUGCUAGGGAUGGGGAGUGCAUUAGAAACCUUAUGUGGUCAAGCAUUUGGAGCAGGAAAAUUACAUAUGUUAGGAGUGUAUAUGCAACGUUCAUGGAUCAUACUCAAUACAAUGUGUUUAUGUAUAUUACCGCUCUACAUUUGGGCAGAACCGAUCUUGAAAUUCUUUGGACAAAAUGACGAAAUUGCGGCCCUAGCUGGGAGGUUUUCGCUAUACAUGAUUCCUCAAUUGUUUGCGUAUGGCUUUAAUUUUCCAAUACAAAAAUUCUUACAAUCACAAAGCAAAAUUAAGACCAUGGCUUGGGUAUCUGCAGCAACAGUUGUUUUCCAUUUAGGGUUUAAGGUUUCCUUAUUAGACAACAGCCAAUUGUAAGCUUCCUUAGCAGUCACGUCACCAAACUUACUAGGCUGCCAUACUAAAGAGUCUUGAGCAA